GGGAUCUUUCGGUAGCAAGUAUCACAAAGCACCCAUACCAAAUUACCAAUUGACAUUUGCCUUCUCAUAUGUUUGGCAUCGAUUAGAAAACAGCCGAACAAGCUGCGACCUCGAUCGAUCUUUUAUUUUAUAUUAAUAUCAUAUCUGAUUCAGAGGAAGGAAUCGCCGGAAAACGACCACAAUCAUUCAGAUAUCAGCGAAGACUCUUCUGGCAUCCGAAUUGGGAGGGAUAUUGUAGAAUUAAUUCUCAGUUUCGGUGGUGUUUGAAUGAAGCGUACUGAUGUCACUGUUCUGGAUUGUCAUCAGUCAGCUUGCAGCGGUUGAAACAAUGUCGACGUCAAAGAAAGUGAUCACGAGGGAAGAGUGGGAGAAAAAGCUCAACGAUGUAAAGAUUAGGAAAGAAGAUAUGAAUAGGCUGGUGAUGAAUUUUCUUGUCACAGAAGGUUAUGUUGAAGCUGCGGAGAAAUUUCGAAUGGAGUCAGGAACUGAACAUAUAGAUCUAGCAACUAUUACAGAUCGUAUGGCCGUAAAAAAAGCAGUGCAGUGUGGGAAUGUAGAGGAUGCAAUUGAGAAAGUCAAUGAUUUGAAUCCUGAGAUACUGGAUACAAAUCCACAAUUGUUUUUUCAUCUGCAGCAGCAAAGGUUGAUAGAACUUAUACGCAAUGGAAAGGUAGAAGAAGCUUUAGAAUUUGCUCAGGAGGAGUUGGCACCAAGGGGUGAAGAAAAUCAAAGCUUCUUAGAAGAGUUGGAGAGGACAAUUGCGUUACUUGCAUUUGAAGAUGUCACAAAUUGCCCAGUGGGAGAGCUUCUAGACAUAUCACAGCGUUUGAAGACAGCAAGUGAGGUCAAUGCAGCCAUACUCACUAGCCAGAGUCAUGAAAAAGACCCAAAGCUUCCAAGCUUGUUAAAGUUGCUGAUCUGGGCACAGAACCAGCUUGAUGAGAAGGCUGCUUACCCACGAAUAAAUGAUUUAUCGACAGCUGUUCUUGAGGAUCCUGCAAUUUGAAAGGCAUAAAAGCUCCCUUUGUGAAAGACUGAGGCCAGUCUCUUGUACUGCAAAUUGAGCAAGUUGACUGAGUCAUGUGAAUACGUUUUCAUGGGACUGUAACUAUUGUUCCUGGAUGUUUUUCAUUCUACUAUUGGGAUGGUAAGAAACUCCCCUGACACAGUCUCUGGCCUUGGGUGUUCUGUUGUAUGUGAUCUUGCUCUAACAGUACUCUUCAUUAUUUAUAACAUGAAUUCUUGUCUGGGUUUUCAUGUAAAAGCUGACUGGGAUUUGUUUAUGUUGGUUAGUUCUUUCAUUAUAUUACAUGAGAGAGAUAUAUCAUACUACUAUCAAAUUAUCAA